CGCCCGAUGAGAUGACGGUCCGAGGACUCGACCUGACCUGAUCAAUCCGGUCGCUGUCGACCUGGAGCUUUCACACCCAUCCUCGAUUGCCCGGCCACAAUCGCGACCGAAACAACCCAGCAUGGCGGGUGAACCAGGCCAGUCGGGCCCACCCAACCGCGAUCCCAAGUGCACCCUCCCCCCGGAGAAGGUCUUCUCGAUCCAGAUAGGCACAGAGCUCUUCCGUCUCUCGGGAGCCUCUCUUGCCUCCGAUGCCCCGUCGUACUUCUCCCGCUUCUUUGAGGACCAGCUGCGCCAUGGCGGGGACACGUCGAACGUUCGCACGCUCUACAUCGACCGGGACCCGACGACAUUCAAGGAGAUCGUGAAACAUCUGCAGGGCUACUUCAUCGAGCCCAAGGACGGCUCGCAGUUCGUGAAGUUCUUCGCAGACGCGCAAUUCUAUCGCUUGCCGCGAUUAAUCUCGCAGCUCUUCGAAUCGGAGAUCUUCGUCCAGAUCGGCGACCGUGACUUCAGCAUCCCGCGCGAUUUCUUCUCCGGACCCGGCGACUCCCCCAACUUCUUCUCCCUGGGCUUCGCGGCCUUCUUCGCCUCCCCGAUCGAAGUCUUCCCCGGACUGGACCGCCAGGGCCUCCUGCGCCCGCCAGCCAUCACACCACCCACCGUGCCGAACCGCUCGGGGGCCGUCUUCGCGCAGCUCCUCCAUCUCGUGCGCGGAUACCCGCUGCACAUCCGGAACGAAACACAUCGCGCGGAGCUGCUCCGCGACUGUCGCUACUUCCACCUGCGGGGGCUCGAGCAGAAGCUCAUACCGCACCACAUCAGCUUCAACCCGAUCCGCAAACGCGACGAGAUUAUCAUCCGGCUCGAGGAUGUGCGUCGCUCCGGGGUACACGUCGAGGAGAUGCCUCGGCCCGGGGGGCCGUAUCCCAGUGACCUAUCCGCCGCGGGCUGGGUGACCUACUCGCGGCCGUUCGUCGACGACAAGAAAUACGAUCUCGUCGUCGAGAUCGGCGACGAGAGCACGAUCCUCGACCUGGCGGGCAAACGGCCAUCGUUCCUGAAUCUGACAAAGGCCCGCAUCACCAGUCUUCUGCAGAUCAUCGCCAGCAAGAAGGCCGAGCAGACCAAGUCGGAGACCCCGACUGUGGUCUCGGAGGACCGCAUCUGGGCGAACCUGACGGCCGACACGGACCUCACCGUGGAUGGCGAGUCCACGUCUUUUCCCGACAUCUUCCGGGAUAUCGCCAGCUCGAGGCAAUCGUCGGAGGAGCCGCAGGCGAAACGGCGACGUAUUGAGGAGGCGGCUAUCACGAGGCCGUGGAUCGUGCGGAACGGUCAGUGGCGCAUCUGUCUCCAGCCGAGGCAGAAUGGGGACGGGCUGGACUUUAUCUUGGUGGCGGUCAAGUUGGAUGUCUUUACCCAGCAGAGGGCGCGGAAUCGCGCCCGCGUGUUUCUGGGUUCGUAGCCGGUCUAUAUCUUCUAAUGCAUACAUGCGGUCUAUACAUACUGCGCGCUUUGUAUCUGUACAUGUCGGGAUCUGUCUAUGAUCAAUCCGAGAAUCCAUCCCAUUCGUCUUCUUCCUCAUCCUCCCGCUUCUCCUUCUGCUUUUCCUUCUGCGUCCGCUUCUCUUCCUUCGGCUUCUGCUCCUGCUUCUGUUUCUUCGCCUUCUUUGCACCCCCAGCACGCUCCACAGCCUCAACAGCGCCGUCCCUCACAAAGCCAGCCACAAAGAACCCACCCGUUCCCUGAUCAUCGCCAGGCCAACAGCGAAGACACCCCUCCAACUCCUCUUCGGACAGGGUAAUAUCCAUCUUCCCAGCCA